UAGCUCCCAGCUUCAGGGCCCUAGUCCUUUUCCUUUCUCACAAAAAAAGUGGAGGCUUGGUUCAGUGAAAGUCAAAGGGAAGGGCGGCUGUUUCUCCAGGUCAGGAAGGAUACAAGGGGUCAGUACUUGGCAUUAACUAGUGCCUGGUGGUGAGGUCUAGGGGAGGGGGGACACUCGUGCGCUGGCAACAUGAAAGAGGCAAUACUGUGCAGUGGUUAAGGUCAAGGGCACUAGAACCAGACCGUCUGGGGUUGAAUCCUGGUUUCUCCACCUACGAGCUUGUAACCUUGGUAAUGUCUCCAAGCCGUGGUUCCCGUGUCUGUAAGAUGGGAAGAAUAACAGCGUCUCCUUUAUGACAGUUGUCGUUAGGACUCAGUGGGGCUUUAGCAUAGUUUUUGGCAAUAGAUACUAUUAUGGAUGGAGCGCCGCAUGUAGCCCUAGAUCCACUAUCUGAAGGGACACCUCGUCCAGACCCUGACUCAAAUUCCAGGGCCUGGCUGACAGUGGCCAAAGUGCCCCAUGACCCCACCACCACUGGGAACUUUCAGAGGGAGAGUUGGGUGGGGCCCUGCCCGCCAGGGCCUUUCCAGCUGGGUAAUUCUCCGAGAGCUCUGGGGUAGGGGUCACGGAGGCAGCCAGCCUCUAAGGGCCCAUUGUUCUUCUCUGAGCUGGGAAAGAUGCCUUCCCCCCACCUCUCUAACUCUGUCUGCUCAGAGUGGACCAAAGAUCAACAAACACCGCCCGUCUCUCCUUGCCCAGCUCACAAAGGGCUUCAGUGUCUCACAAUGGGCCUGUGAUGCCCAGCCUUCUGAGCUUAUCGGACCCGUUCACAAACAAGAAGCUGAGGCCCGCAGGGAGGAAGUCGUGUAUGUGACGUCCCAUAGAGGGAAGUGGCUCAGCCAGGAUUCGGUCUCCCUGUCCUGCAUCCAGGACUUCGGACUUAGGGGCACAAGAAAUGCACAGCUGUGCAUGGACAGCCCCACACACAGCGCGCACAGCUUCGGGGGAUACAGGGGGUGGGGCGGCGUCUGGAACCCUCCCUCCUCAGCGGUCAGGUGGUGGUAGCUGUUUUGUUUUCUCUCUAGAUGAGCUUCACGUCCCAGGCCCUGACAGGGGCAGUGAGCUCCAUUAAGUUCUUCCUGUCUGAGGCCUUCCUGGGGCAGCACUUCGAGGCGGUGGAGUUGGAAGGCAAGGAGCCCGAGCCGGGAGACCUCUUCCUGUUCAGGCUGUUGUCCCCCACGGGACGCUGGUGCGGGGCCCACGUAGGAGUGUACUGUGGCCGCGGGGAGAUCAUCCAUUUCGAAGGGAGGAAUGUCGCCGGCCAAGGGCCUCACGCGUUUCUGGGCUCCUGCGAAGGCAUUGUAUCCAAACACGGGCAGCGCCCGCUGCAGCGCUCGCGCUCGCUGUGGCGUGUGCUGCGUAGACGUGGCGGCGUUGACCACGCGGCCCUGGAGCGCCGUGUGCGCGAGGCCAUGGACACCGACCCGCCCCCCUACCACCCCACGCGCAGCAACUGCGUGCACUUUGCGCUGCGUCUGCUGGGCCCUGGGCCCACCCUGGACCCCCUGCAAAUAGACGGCAGUCCCGUUAGCUCGGACCCCCAGCACUGGGACACAGCCUCCUCUUCAGUCCCCGGCUUUCCUUCCACUGCCCGGGGGAGCAUAUGUGGCUGGGUCUGGAAUGAGCGGAGCCGGGUGGUCGGGACCUUCCACCGAGACCCUGUGGUCGGGAGGAGCCUCACGGCGCGGCGCUGA